AUGAUCUGCGGUUACUUUAGACCCAAGUUCUACAAGAAAUGCAAACAGUUGAUCAAGAUCAUCAAGAUUCAGCUCAACUUACAGAGGAAAAGGCAAAAUGCUAUGCUUAACGUCUCGAAGACAGAUAUCGUGGAGAUUCUCAAUACUGCCCAUGAAGAUGAUGAAACAGCCUAUAAAAAAGUCAAAGAAUUACUCGAAGACCGUAGGAUCAUAUCUUCUUAUGAUCUCAUCGAGCAGUUUUGCGACUGUAUCUCCUCCAAUCUUUCGUUAAUGCUGAAUCAAAGGUACUUUCACUAUAUUCUCAAGAUUGUUUCCACUCUACAAAGGUCACAAAUUUUCUGUUUAUAUACUGUUUCCAGGGAAUGUCCUAAGGAAUGCCGAGAAGCUGUUUACUCUCUGAUGUAUGCAGCAGCAUGGGUUCGCAACGUUCCUGCAGAACUUAAAGAUCUUAGAGACUUGUUUACACGUAGAUAUGGAGAAUCCAUUGACGCGUUUGUCAAUCCAGAGCUUGUUGAGAAACUUGUGCGGCGCAAAUCUUCAAGGGAAGUUAGGGUUCAGACUUUGCAAGAUAUUGCUCACGAGGCUAACAUCAGUUGGGAUCCUAUGUCUCUCCUACUGAGGCUACACAAACAGACUUCAGCUUUGCACGACGAGAAGAAAGAGAAGAGUGUUGCUCAAGAAAACACAAAGUUUCGUGGUCCACAAGGCAGUGCGAGUCUCACAAGCACACGCAAUAACGAAGUUUCUUCAACAGAAAAUUACAAGAGAAAGUCGUCGUUCAAGAGAUCGAAGAUCCCUGAUUACGAAGAAAUGGUGGCACAUCUUCGCCGGAGAUAAGAGAUAGUUGAUUAGUCUCUUAAUUAGGGCUCAUCUUCGGAAUUAGGUUCAUA